UAUAUAAAAAAUUCUGAGAUGAUAUGUAAAUUUUCUGAGUAUUUCUGAAAAAUGUUCCGUUUUGUAUAAAAGAGAGAAAAAUUGAGAAAAAUUUUCAUCAGGGCUGUGCAUCCUGUUAUGUGACAUUCCUUGAUUUCAUUUUACUUCGACAUAUGUUUUGUUUAUAAAUUGAUCAUGAGUUCUUCGUCCUCAUCAUCAUCAUCUGAUUCAUCGGAAAUGUCAUCUAUUGGCCAGGAAAUGUUUUUCGACUCUUCUUCAUCUUUUGAAAAUGAAAACAAUAAUAGGCAUUGCAUAGAAAAUUAUGAAACUGUUAUUUCUGAAUACAGUGAAAAAGAAUUUAUAAAGCAUUUUAGAUUAAGAAGAGAUGUUGUUAAUCAACUUAUUUUGCAGUUUUCUCAAUCAGUACAUUAUACGUCUAUUUUAAACGAUUUUGGCCGAGAUCCUAUAUCUCCUAAGAAGCAUAUAUAUACAUUCUUGUGGUUCGUUGGUCAUGAAGUGUCAUCAUACAGAGACUGUGCAGACCGCUUUGAUCUGUCACUGAGUGCACUCUUUGACAUUAUUACAAGAGUGUCUGAUUACUUGGUCGAUAUUGCACCACAACAUAUUCGUUGGCCUAAUGAAGAAGAGAGGGAGAUAACUAAAACAUAUUUUCAAAAUGUGAAGAAUUUUCCGAAUAUAAUUGGGUGUAUCGAUGGAACUCACAUCCGCAUUGAUAGACCAAAAGAAAGUGCUGAAAGUUACUAUAAUAGAAAAGAUUUUUUCUCUAUACAAAUGCAAAUAGUUUGUAACUAUGAGCGAAAAAUUAUAGACGUUUUCAUUGGAUUUCCGGGAUCGGUACACGAUGCAAGAGUUUUUAGAAAUUCACCACUUAUUGAAAAACUUCUUGAUCCAGAAUUACAUGGAUGGCUUUUGGGGGACAGUGCAUACCCGUGCCUUCCAACAUUAAUGACACUAAAAUAAAGACAAUGGCCACUUGACUGCUGCUGAAACUUCAUUUAAUGCCAAAUUAUCAUCAUGUCGUGUACGGGUUGAACAUACGAUUGCCAUUUUGAAGCAACGGUUUCGGUUCCUCUACCACACCAAAUUGAAAACUACAAAAAGGAGGAUAAAAGUUAUAUAUGCAUGUUGUGUAUUGCACAAUAUGUGUAGUACAGAUGAUCUUGAUUUGUUCGAGUUAGAGCCAGCUGAUGAGAUUGUCAAUAAUGAAGAGAAUGUGAACAACGAAAAAUAUCCAAAUAAUGAUGAUUUACCUAAUGGAUUUGCAUUAAGGAAUGAAUUGCGCGAUUAUUUAUUUCAACAUUAAUCUUUACAAAUAAAUAACACAUAACAUUAAUUUUGUAAAACUUUUAUUAUAUCUUAUAAUAAAGCAUUAUCACAGCAUAGUACUUUGUACAUACUUCAUUGCUUAUUAUUAUAUUUAAAUAAAAAAUUUGAUAAUAAAAGACAACGUACGUUUCAGUCUUUCUCAAAAUAGGAACAACGUUGGGUGCAUCCAAAUGCACAACUGCUCACUAAAAGCGUAAAAAAAUUUAAAAAAAUAAUAAAAUAAAAUAAAAAUUAUAAAUUGCAUUUUGCCUUUGACAAUCUUAAACCGUUAAUAAAAAAAAAUAUAUAAAAACGAGCCAAAACAACUAUCAAUAAAAAAA